AGGAAGCGCGCGUGUGGUAUGAGAUUUGUAUUGGGGAAUGAAACGGCGUGUAACGUUAUUUUUAAAAGCCCUCUUCACUUAGGCUGUUGCUGAUGUGACCAAAUGUCGAGGGAUAAAUCUUAUACAUUAAAACGUAACUGUUUUCGCACAGAAGUGAUUCACCCUUGCGCACAACAAAGACAGCUGGGGACAAGUGCCAAAUGCCAAGACUAGAGGAACGCUGUUGGAGCUGCUCCUGUUCUACCGGUGUGAAGUCGAAAGAGCUGUCGAGCGCCAGUUGGAUAGCAUCUAAAACGGGUGAAAUGAUGUCCAUCAUAACCUCCGUAUUAAGACAGGCUUAUGUUUCCCUCUACCACGUACAGUCUGCUAAUUUAAUACGUCGUGGACUGGUCCUGUUCGCCGUGGGAGUAUUCCUCGCAUUGGUGCUUUAUCUGCUACAGAUACAAAGAAACGUUGUACUGUUUCCUGAAGAGGUACUGGACACUUUGUUUUCAUCGGCUUGGUGGAUUCCACCAUGUUGUGGAACGGCUGCUGCCGUGGUUGGUUUGUUGUAUCCCUGUUUGGACAGCCACCUUGGAGAGCCACACAAGUUCAAGAGGGAGUGGGCCAGUGUCAUGCGCUGUAUCGCUGUGUUUGUGGGCAUCAACCAUGCCAGUGCUAAACUGGACUUUGCCAAUAACAUGCAGCUCUCUUUAACACUGGCUGCUUUGUCCCUGGGCCUCUGGUGGACUUUUGACCGAUCCAGGAGUGGCUUUGGCUUGGGGCUGACCACCGCUCUCUUGGCCACACUCAUCAUGCAGCUGUUGGUCUACAAUGACAUCUAUCAGUAUACUUCUCCGGAAUUCCGCUACAUUCGCUCCUGGCUGCCCUGUAUAUUCUUCUCAGGAGGAGUGACUGUGGGAAACAUUGGGCGACAACUGGCCAUGGGCUCAACCGAGAAGCCUCAUAGUGACUAGCAGGUCACCUGCAACCCACAUGAGCCUUGUUCAGAUGGUGCCAAUGUGAUGAGCCGGCAGACCUGAUCCUUUGACCCCAUACAGGAAGAACUGGAAGUCUCCAUCAAUUUACUGCCUGUACCUUUUACUCCUGUUGUGUUCCUGUAAAGAACACCUCUGGACUAACCCCCUGGCCUUCAUUGCCAAUAUCCCCAUCACGGUUUGUAGUUGUAGUGCUGGAGUUUGCCUUCUCAUUACCCAGCAGCUGGAGUGGGACACUAGCAGGAAUGGAACUGAUUUUUGUUGUACAGUGAUUGAGCUGUGUGUGGGUGAGUGUGAACCUGUGUGUGUUGGCCAUUUAAGGUUUAUAUACAAGUCCAAUUGACAAGACUCUAGUAUAACAACGUUAUAGGCCAAAUAUGUGCUUCAUUGCUUCUGUUUUGUGCUGGAGAAAAAUGUUAAAUGAAAGGGAAAUAAGUUCCAAAGCUGAACAUGUCUGCCAUCCAAAGAGGUCUGUUUUCUAGACUGAGUUGGUUGAGCAAAGGGUACAGGUUCGAAAGGUAUGUAAGCAACGCACAACAUCCAUUAAUAAAGUUCCACAGAGUAUUACUGUAUGAUGGUCAGUAGCCAACCAUAAACACAAGAAAGGAAAAUGUAUGACCAUAGUAAAGGACAAAAAAAAAAG